AAAUUAUCAUAUUAAUUCGUGUUUGUUGAGUAGUUUCUAUUCACCCAAGCACAUAUGCAAAGCGGUAAUUAUAAAAUUUACUUGUGACUGUUUCAGCAAGCACCACAACGGAUUCAAAAGUACAUGAAUUAUGGUCUGAUAUCCCAUAACAUGUUAUUAAAAGCUCAAUAAGUUGUUGCAAACCAACUAUCUUAUUACAUGUACUGUCUACUAAUCAUUUCAAACCUAGAUUAACUGACGGCCUGUUGCAUGAUAAAAAGCCUAAGUUGAAGCAAGUUUUAUUGACUGGACAUGGCGUUUUUCUGAUCUCGAUUAUUACUCCCUUUCAUUAUACUAGAGCUGACAAGUGGAAGUAUGCGAAAUACCUAGCAAUGACAGCAGAAAGAGCCACAAGACAAGGAACAUAUGAAAACCAAAUAAUACAAUGAAGAAACUAGCAGGGAGAUGUAGUAAACCAGAGCAACCAAUCAAAAUCAACGAAGAUAAACCAAACACUGGGAUUAAAGAGCAGCAGAAUAGGUGGUUAAAACACUUUGAAAAACUCUUAAAUAGACCAGGAUUACGCACACACCGGAUAUCGAAGCAGCAACACAGACCUUUCUAUAGCUGUUACUUCAAUCUUCAAUAUAAACGUCAAGACAGUGAGUUCCACUGUACGGGGCUGAAACUUAGAGAACUACUACAACCAUCAUCAAAAACGUACAGUUGUUUCUGGACAACUGUCUACUCAAGAUAAUC